CGCGCGCGGAGAAGAGGCGGGGUGAGGGGGGGGACAGGGUGCGCGCGCGGCUUCCCCUCGCUCGGCGGCGGCGGCGGCGGCGGCUUCUUUGUUUCGUGCGGAGGCGACGCGCGGCGGCCGAUCGCUCCCCGGCUCCGGGCGCGGUGGGGGCGCCGGCGGCUCCCGGAGACCAGCAGCUCCCGUGAGCAUGUCCACACCUGACCCCCCACUGGGGGGCACCCCUCGCCCCGGCCCCUCUCCAGGGCCCGGCCCCUCCCCUGGCGCCAUGCUGGGGCCCAGCCCAGGUCCCUCCCCGGGCUCAGCGCACAGCAUGAUGGGACCCAGCCCUGGGCCGCCAUCCGCCGGCCACUCCAUGCCAAGCCAGGGCCCCGGCGCCUACCCCCAGGACGGCAUGCUUCAGAUGCCCAAGCCGAUGGAGGCCAUGCAUGAGAAGAGCCUGCAGGACGACCCUCGUUACGGGCAGAUGAAGGGUAUGGCCGUGCGUCCCGGUGGACAUGUGGGCAUGGGGCCCCCACCCAGCCCCAUGGACCAGCAUUCGCAAGGUUACCCGUCUCCCUUGGGUGGUUCGGAGCAUGCCUCCAGCCCGGUGCCCGCCAGCGGCCCGACCUCGGGGCCUCAGAUGUCGACCGGGCCCGGCGGGGCCCCCCUGGACGGCGCCGACCCCCAGGCCCUGGGCCAGCAGAGCCGCGGGCCCACCCCCUUCAACCAGAACCAGCUGCACCAGCUGCGUGCCCAGAUCAUGGCCUACAAGAUGCUGGCCCGAGGGCAGCCACUGCCCGAGCACCUGCAGAUGGCCGUCCAGGGCAAGCGGCCCCUGCCUGGCAUGCAGUCCCAGAUGCCCGCCCUGCCGCCCCCCUCCGCCUCCGCGCCCGGCCCUGGCCCCGGCCCCGGGCCCGCACCCCCCAACUACAGCCGGCCGCAUGGCAUGGGGGGCCCCAACAUGCCUCCCCCGGGACCCUCAGGGGUACCCCCAGGAAUGCCAGGCCAGCCCCCCGGAGGCCCACCCAAGCCCUGGCCUGAAGGCCCCCUGGCGAAUGCGGCCGCGCCCACCAGCACCCCGCAGAAGCUGAUCCCCCCGCAGCCCACUGGCCGGCCCUCGCCCGCGCCCCCCGCCGUGCCGCCCGCCGCCUCCCCUGUGAUGCCCCCGCAGACGCAGUCCCCCGGCCAGCCGGCCCAGCCCGCGCCCCUGGUCCCCCUGCACCAGAAGCAGAGCCGAAUCACGCCCGUGCAGAAGCCUCGCGGCCUGGACCCCGUGGAGAUCCUGCAGGAGCGAGAGUACAGGCUGCAGGCCCGAAUCGCCCACCGAAUUCAGGAACUUGAGAACCUGCCCGGCUCCCUGGCGGGUGACCUGCGUACCAAAGCCACCAUUGAGCUUAAGGCUCUGCGUCUCCUUAACUUCCAGCGGCAGCUGCGGCAGGAAGUGGUGGUGUGCAUGCGCAGAGACACGGCGCUGGAGACGGCGCUCAACGCCAAGGCCUACAAGCGCAGCAAGCGGCAGUCCCUGCGCGAGGCCCGCAUCACCGAGAAGCUGGAGAAACAGCAGAAGAUCGAGCAGGAACGGAAGCGGCGCCAGAAGCACCAGGAGUACCUCAACAGUAUUCUCCAGCACGCCAAGGACUUCAAGGAAUACCACCGCUCGGUGACGGGCAAGAUCCAGAAGCUGACCAAGGCCGUGGCCACGUACCACGCCAACACGGAGCGCGAGCAGAAGAAGGAGAACGAGCGGAUUGAGAAAGAGAGAAUGCGCAGACUCAUGGCUGAGGACGAGGAAGGCUACCGGAAGCUCAUUGACCAGAAGAAGGACAAACGUCUGGCCUACCUGCUGCAGCAGACAGAUGAGUACGUGGCCAACCUCACGGAGCUGGUGAGGCAGCACAAGGCAGCUCAGGUGGCCAAGGAGAAGAAGAAGAAGAAGAAGAAAAAGAAGGCGGAGAACGCCGAGGGCCAGACACCAGCCAUCGGGCCUGACGGGGAGCCCCUGGAUGAGACCAGCCAGAUGAGCGACUUGCCUGUGAAGGUGAUCCACGUGGAGAGCGGCAAGAUCCUCACGGGCACCGACGCCCCCAAGGCCGGGCAGCUGGAGGCCUGGCUGGAGAUGAACCCCGGGUACGAAGUGGCGCCCAGGUCUGACAGCGAAGAGAGCAGCUCUGAGGAGGAAGAGGAGGAGGAAGAGGAGGAGCCGCCACCGCCGGCGCAGCCCCCCGCCCUGCCCGUGGAGGAGAAGAAGAAGAUUCCUGACCCCGAUAGCGACGACGUGUCGGAGGUGGACGCUCGGCACAUUAUCGAGAACGCCAAGCAGGACGUGGAUGACGAGUACGGGGUCUCCCAGGCCCUGGCGCGCGGCCUGCAGUCCUACUAUGCUGUGGCCCAUGCCGUGACGGAGCGCGUGGACAAGCAGUCAGCACUGAUGGUGAACGGCGUCCUGAAGCAGUACCAGAUCAAAGGCCUGGAGUGGCUGGUGUCUCUGUACAACAAUAAUCUGAACGGCAUCCUGGCCGACGAGAUGGGUCUGGGUAAAACCAUCCAGACCAUCGCCCUCAUCACCUACCUGAUGGAGCAUAAACGCAUCAACGGGCCCUUCCUCAUCAUCGUGCCACUCUCGACACUGUCCAACUGGGCGUACGAGUUUGACAAGUGGGCCCCCUCGGUGGUAAAGGUCUCCUAUAAGGGCUCCCCGGCCGCCCGCCGCGCCUUUGUCCCCCAGCUGCGCAGCGGUAAGUUUAAUGUGCUGCUGACGACAUACGAGUACAUCAUCAAGGACAAGCACAUCCUGGCCAAGAUCCGCUGGAAGUACAUGAUAGUGGACGAGGGUCACCGCAUGAAGAACCAUCACUGUAAGCUGACGCAGGUGCUCAACACCCACUACGUGGCCCCCCGCCGCCUGCUGCUCACCGGGACCCCCCUGCAGAACAAGCUGCCCGAGCUCUGGGCGCUGCUCAACUUCCUGCUACCUACCAUCUUCAAGAGCUGCAGCACCUUCGAGCAGUGGUUCAACGCACCCUUCGCCAUGACGGGCGAGAAGGUGGACCUGAACGAGGAGGAGACCAUCCUCAUCAUCCGGCGACUCCACAAGGUGCUGCGGCCCUUCCUACUGCGGCGGCUCAAGAAGGAGGUCGAGGCACAGCUGCCUGAGAAGGUGGAGUACGUCAUCAAGUGCGACAUGUCAGCUCUGCAGCGUGUGCUUUACCGCCACAUGCAGGCCAAGGGUGUCCUGCUGACCGACGGCUCUGAGAAGGACAAGAAGGGCAAGGGGGGUACCAAGACCCUGAUGAACACCAUCAUGCAGCUGCGGAAGAUCUGCAACCACCCCUACAUGUUCCAGCACAUCGAGGAAUCCUUCUCUGAGCACCUGGGCUUCACCGGCGGCAUCGUGCAGGGUCUGGACCUGUACCGCGCCUCCGGGAAGUUUGAACUCCUGGACCGCAUCCUGCCCAAGCUCCGCGCCACCAACCACAAGGUGCUGCUCUUCUGCCAAAUGACCUCGCUCAUGACCAUCAUGGAGGACUACUUCGCCUACCGCGGCUUCAAGUACCUCAGACUGGACGGAACCACAAAGGCGGAGGACCGUGGGAUGCUCCUCAAGACCUUCAAUGAGCCCGGGUCCGAGUACUUUAUCUUCCUGCUCAGCACCCGCGCCGGCGGGCUGGGCCUCAACCUGCAGUCAGCUGACACCGUUAUCAUCUUCGACAGCGACUGGAACCCACACCAGGACCUGCAGGCCCAGGACCGCGCCCAUCGCAUCGGGCAGCAGAAUGAGGUUCGGGUCCUGAGGCUUUGCACCGUCAACAGCGUGGAGGAGAAGAUCUUGGCAGCCGCCAAGUACAAACUCAACGUGGACCAGAAGGUGAUCCAGGCCGGCAUGUUCGACCAGAAGUCAUCUAGCCAUGAGCGCCGGGCCUUCCUCCAGGCCAUCCUGGAGCAUGAGGAGCAGGACGAGAGCAGACACUGCGGGCCCGGCAGCGUCGGUGCCAGCCUCGCCCACACGGCCCCCCCGCCGGCGGCCGGCGCCCCCGACCCGGAGGAGCCGCCGCUCAAGGAGGAAGACGAGGUGCCGGACGAUGAGACCGUCAACCAGAUGAUCGCGCGUCACGAGGAGGAGUUUGACCUGUUCAUGCGCAUGGACCUGGACCGGCGGCGCGAGGAGGCCCGCAACCCCAAGCGGAAGCCACGGCUGAUGGAGGAGGACGAGCUGCCCUCGUGGAUCAUCAAGGACGACGCCGAGGUGGAGCGGCUGACAUGCGAGGAGGAGGAGGAGAAGAUGUUCGGCCGCGGCUCCCGCCAGCGCAAGGAGGUGGACUACAGCGACUCGCUCACCGAGAAGCAGUGGCUCAAGACCCUGAAGGCCAUCGAGGAAGGGACACUGGAGGAGAUCGAAGAGGAAGUCCGGCAGAAGAAGUCGUCCCGGAAGCGGAAGCGGGACAGCGAGGCCGGCUCCUCCACCCCGACGGCGGCCAGCACGCGCGGCCGGGACAAGGACGAGGACAACAAGAAGCAGAAAAAGCGCGGCCGGCCGCCCGCCGAGAAGCUGUCACCCAACCCGCCCAACCUCACCAAGAAGAUGAAAAAGAUCGUGGACGCCGUCAUCAAAUACAAGGACAGCAGUAGCGGCCGACAGCUCAGCGAGGUGUUCAUCCAGCUGCCAUCCCGGAAAGAGCUCCCCGAGUACUACGAGCUCAUCCGCAAGCCCGUGGACUUCAAGAAGAUCAAGGAACGGAUCCGCAACCACAAGUACCGCAGCCUGAAUGACCUGGAGAAAGAUGUGAUGUUGCUGUGUCAGAACGCUCAGACCUUCAACCUGGAGGGCUCCCUGAUCUACGAGGACUCCAUCGUCCUGCAGUCCGUGUUCACCAGCGUGCGCCAGAAAAUUGAAAAGGAGGAAGACAGUGAGGGCGAGGAGAGCGAGGAGGACGAGGAGGCGGAGGAGGAGGGCUCCGAGUCCGAGACCCGCUCUGUCAAGGUCAAGAUCAAGCUGGGCCGCAAGGAGAAGGCUCAGGACCGCAUCAAGGGGGGGCGGCGGCGGCCGAGCAGGGGGGCCCGCGCCAAGCCGGUCGUGAGUGACGAGGACAGUGAGGAGGAGCAGGAAGAGGACCGCUCAGGAAGUGGCAGUGAGGAAGACUGAACCCCGAGACUUGGGGGCCCCACCGGAGCUGGCCAUCAUAGCCCCUAUCAGGAACGGGUAGCAGACAGACAGACAGACAGACAGACGUAGUGUCCGACCUGGGGGUGGGGGUGGGGGGGCGGUCUCGGGCCGAAGAGGAAAACGCUCAGCUUCCGUCUGUCCGUCCGUCUCGGCCCAGCGAGGGGUACCCUGGUCCCUGCCGCCCCCCACCCCUUUCGGUCGAGAGAGAAAAAGGAAUUACAAAAAUUAAAAAAUGAAUGAAAAACGAAGAGGGAGGAGGGCGCCGCCUCUUCCCCUGCCCUGUCUCCCUGGCGGCCGAGUCGGGGCCGACUCCUCGGGCCGGGCCGGGCCCGGCCGUCACUGGAUGUCACACGGGAAUAAAUCAAACCCACAUAGACA